AGGAUCAAGCCCGAGACUAGGACCGCCCCCUCAGCUCCCCCUAUCCUUUCUCACAGUCAACAGGAAAGACAGGGCCAGAACUCAGAGAGAACAGGGAGAGAAGUCACGAAGAGAAGAACACAGAAGAUCACACUAGAUGUCCAACAAUCUUCCCCCACAGGACAAAAUGGACAAGCAAAAACUGAGGCCUGAACUCAGCUCUCGAGUGCCCAAGAACUCUGCCCAGCGCCUAAGCAGGGAUCUCACCUGCUCCAUCUGCCUGGAUCUCUUCAAGCACCCGGUUUCCUUGCCCUGUGACCACACUUUCUGCGAGGCCUGCAUUUCGAGUUACUGGAGCGGCCCUCGUGGAAAAGGCCAGAGUGGGUCUGGUUCCUGUCCUCAGUGCCGGAAAGUCUUUCCAGGCCAGAGCUACAGACCCAACCGUAUCGUGGCCAACAUCGUGGAGAGCUACUGCCAGGGGAUUGAGGAGAGUGGAGGUCGCCUGACCGGGCUGUCAGCAGACACAGUACCUCCGACCCCACUUUGCAGCCGACACAGAGAAGAGCUCAAGCUGUACUGUGAGGAAGACCAAGAGCUGGUGUGUCUGGUGUGCGGGAUCUCUCAGGAUCACCGGGCUCACACGCUGGUGUGCGUGCAGGAUGCACAGCAGAGAUAUCGGGCUUCCCUAACCACUUCAGCAAAUGCUCUUAAAAAAGAGCUCAACACUGCUUUAGACUGUGAGAGAGAGACUGAAGAGGAGGUGAAGAAACUGAAGGACCACACUGCAGAUCUGAAGCAGAGGAUCGAGGCGCAGUUCAGUGAGCUUCACCAGUUCCUGUACCAGGAGGAGAAACUCCUGCAGGUCAAGCUGAAGACAGAAGAACGUCGAGAGCUGAUAAGGCUGGACGAGCACAAGGCCCUGCUCAGUGUGGAGAUAUCACGCCUGCGCAGAGCUAUGAACGACAUUGAGGACAAACUCAGUGAAAAAGAUCCGUACACUCUACUCAGGAGUAUAAAGGGCCUGCUUCAAAGCAGGCAGCCACCGAAGUUUGAGAAGCCGACGCUGACGCCACCCAGACUGUGUGAGGGCCGCUUUGCUGGGCCCCUGCAGUACAGAGUGUGGAAGUCACUGAAGGGAAGCAUCUAUCCAGUUCCCUCAGCCAUCACGUACAACUCCAAAACAGCAAACCCCUGGCUCAGUCUUACAUCUUCGCUUACCUGUGUGCGCUACCAGACCUUUAACAACACGGUGCAGGACAAUCCACAGAGAUUCAACGCUGCGCUGUCUCUCUUGGGCAGUCAAGGGUUCACUAAAGGUCGCCACUACUGGGAGGUGGAGGUGUACAGCAGCACCGUGUGGACCGUGGGAGUUGCCCGUGAAUCUGUCACGAGAAAAGGAGUCAUCAAUACCAUGCCUGCAAACGGUUUCUGGACACUCUCGCUAUCGUAUGGAGUUCAGUAUAUGGCUGGAACAUGUCCACCAACAUUGCUGUCUUUGGAAGAGCCACUGGCAAGGAUCGGGGUGUAUUUGGACUACAAAAGAGGCCUGGUGUCCUUCUACAAUGCAGAGAGCAUGACACACCUCUAUACAUUCAAGGACAUCUUCACAGAGACCCUCUACCCUUAUUUUAACCUGGGUUUCCUGGAUAAAGUGCAUGAAAAUGAGCCUCUUAAAGUGUUCCUACCUAAAAUCUGAUCUUUUUUUAAUCUAUCUUUAAUAAUAUUAAUAUUUCUUUUUUAUGUAAACACUGGGCUGGACCUGGAUGUAUUAAGGUAAGACUUUAGAGGAAAAAAGAAGAAGAAAAAAAAACAAUUGUAGUAUAUGGCUAUACUGUCUUAACAUUUGAGUGGGUUGGUGGAGGCACAUGAAGGUUGGAGACCAUGGCUUAUGACCCUUCUCCACGUUAAAGGAUUUUAUUUUAGACUACCAGGCAUAAGUUACCUCACCUCCUGGCAGAUAUCAUAUACUCUACAUAUUUCUGUGAUGCGGCUGGUCAGCGUGGUCAAGCCAGACCCUGUUCAUAGAUGUGGUAACCACACUGUUGUGAAAACACUUUUUGAUGUUGUUCAUGUCCGCGGGUUAAAGCGACCUAAAUAACAGGGGGAUUAUCAGGGGAACCCCGCCUAAAAAUCUGUAUUUUAAUCCACCUGAACUCUUUUUUUUUUACCGGGAAUGCCCGUUGAAAAGUGAUUGGGCUAGUUUGGGGCUAGUUUUAAGUAGCAGUGGGGCGGGAUUUGCUGUUUUUUGACCAUGUUACCUGAUUGGCUGAAAUUAUAGUGAGGGUAGGUUUAGGGGCGAGACCUCAAUCUCUGUUACCCUGCUCAGGGGUUUAUGCAUGCCCUUGAGCCAUUAGCCAAUCAAAAGUAGUGACCUAAGAUGGACACAAGCAAACGUUCUCUGCCCUCGCUGUUCCUCAUUCAAAGCCUGCAGAGAAAGAAGAAAUGUAAACUAAUAAACCACAAGAGGUCACGCUAGGAUAAGUCCUAGGAUAUAGUCUAUAAUCUCCAAGACUAAUCAUAUCAUUUUGAUACAAACAUGUACAAUCCACGAAAGAAAUGUUUAUAAACCACCAAUAAAAUGUUCUGCUUCAUUUU